AUGGCGGCUGUGGCGCAGUCGGGAGCGCGAGAAGCGCUGUCGGCUUAUCCGACGUCGCCAAUCGCGGCCGCCUGCGAUUCGCCGUCGCUCGCUUGCGGCGAUUCACCAUCGACAACGCGAAGUCCACGAUGUGAAGCGUUUGUGAUGACCGGCGACAAAAUACUGAACCUCAAUCAUCAUAUCUCACCCAACUAUGCCAAGGUAAGCAUUUCAUUGGUUUUACAUUUCCGUUUAUUUCAAUAUUUUAUAAGGCUGGGAGAGCGAUAGUU